AUGAAUUUGGGCUCCCUGCCGGCAACGCCAGUGCGUCCCGCGGCUCUGCACCAUGCACUUACGCAUGAUGGCUUUUUCACGAUUGACAGGCGGGUGUUAACGAAUGCAGAUGAAGAAGAAUGGGGGAAAAACGCCGAAAACGCAACUGGCCGUGGUCGGCGAAGCUGCAUCAUGCCGGCUCCGGCAUGCCUGGGUAGUCUUGCUGCCGCCUUGCCCCCUGUUACAGUGAAGGAAUUUGAGUGGGCCGAAGCGGUGCUGGCUGCACGUGAGGCAGAGUGUGGUGCGUCCUUUUAG